AUGUCUCUUCUGCCUGGAUAUUCCUCAGAUGAGGAUUAUGCUACAUCUCUCUCGGCUUCGGCGGAUACCUUUGGACUGUCUGCUAUCCCAGCAGCGAAGAAAAUACGGCUAGACGAACCUGCUACCUCCAUUAGCCCGCAGGCUGCACCAGAUGUGCUCUCUGAGGAUCCCCUCAAGCAGACGUCUUUGGUCACACGACCGACAGACACCCGAAUGAACGUCAAUAUCACCUAUAACGACAUGAUGCUCCCGGUGCAAGGGCCGGAGAACCCUUUCGGUGACCGUAAUCGGUUCUUGAAUCAGAAUGCCCUCGCAGGCCAUGUGGAGGAACAGUCGAUGACCGAGCAUGCGUUCCGGCAGCAGCAUCUUACCCACUCUAUCUUGGGCUAUUCUGCCAACCCUUCUGUCGAUCCGAACGCACCGGCAAUCCUGGGUUCGGUCGAGAAAGCUCAAGCGAACAACUUCGCGACUAUUGACGCAUUGCGGACGUCGAAGAAGGAAAAGAAGGAUUUAAAGCGGAAGCGGAAACCGCGAGGCGACCUCGAGAUUGUGGACGGGGAGGGGGCAUACGAGGGUCCAUGGACAACUUGGUCGGGAGAUAACCCCAAUGAAGUUGCGGUGGAAGAACCAGAUGCAGAGGAGGAAUCGGAAGAGGAGCCAGAGGUGCAGGUGCAGACGAAGAAGGCGAAACCGAAGCGUGGCGCACCGGGUCUGGAGUCGUCCGUCUUCCAUGGCAAGUCGAUGACAGACUACCAGGGUCGCACGUACAUGUCCCCGCCCCUCUCGGAAGCGCCACAGCUACAAGCCGAGGCGGGGUCGCAAGAGACGUUCAUUCCGAAGGUUUGCAUCCACACGUGGACCGGGCAUACACAGGGCGUGUCAGUUAUACGUUUGUUCCCCGAUACUGGCCAUCUACUUCUUAGUGGGUCCAUGGACACCAAGAUCAAGCUGUGGGAUGUUUAUACUCACGGCAAUUGUUUGCGAACGUUCCAUGGCCACAUGAAAGCGGUGAAAGAUGUGACAUUUUCGAACGACGGUCGCAGGUUCUUGUCUUGCGGCUACGAUCGUCAAAUGAAACUGUGGGACACAGAGACCGGCGCAUGUAUCAAACGUUUUAGCAACGGUAAAAUCCCGUACGUUGUGCGUUUCCAUCCGGACGAGGAUAAGCAGAAUAUAUUCCUCGCCGGUAUGUCCGACAAAAAGAUCAUACAGUACGACAUCAACUCUGGCGAGAUUACACAGGAGUACGACCAACAUCUAGGUCCGGUCAAUACUAUCACGUUCGUGGAUGAAAAUCGACGAUUCGUCACGACCUCUGAUGACAAGACCAUCCGUGCUUGGGACUUCGAUAUCCCCGUCGUAAUCAAGUAUAUCGCCGAACCGCAUAUGCAUUCCAUGCCUGCGGUUACGGUACAUCCAAACAAGAAGUACUUCGCAGCCCAGAGCCUGGACAACCAAAUUUUGGUCUACAGCACGGAUAAUUUCAGGCAGGCACGAAAUAAGCGCUUCGCAGGGCAUUCAGUUGCUGGUUACGCUUGCCAGGUGGGUUUCUCUCCUGAUGGCAAAUGGAUCAGCAGCGGCGAUGGCGAGGGCAACGUCGUGUUCUGGGAAUGGAAGUCCGGCCGCAUUAAGUCGCGUCUUCGGGCACAUUCGAAGGUAGUAAUUGCACACGAAUGGCUUCCUCAUGAGACAUCAAAAGUUGUGACGGCGUCUUGGGAUGGGUUGAUCAAGCUAUGGGACUAA